AUGGAAGACGCAAAGGGGAUUAUCCCCAAUGCCGCGCAAUAUUCUUCACCUUCAGACUCCGCAACCGAGGUUGGCCACGAUUACGACCAGCCUAGAUCAUGGGGAGCACGCUUCAUCGACAGCUUCAAGCGCGACCCAAAUGCACACGCUACACCUCCAGGAGUAGUCGGCGCAGACGGAAAAGUAUUUGAUGUUGAGCAGGCGAAUGCAGCGACUGCAGAUUCGGGCUUAUCCAGACACUUGAAAGGUCGUCAUUUGCAGAUGAUUGCAAUUGGUGGCUCGAUUGGUACUGGUCUGUUCGUCGGAUCUGGAUCAGCUCUUGCCAACGGAGGUCCUGCUUCACUAAUCAUUGCUUAUGGUAUUAUCGGGUUCAUGCUUUACACUACGGUCCACGCCCUUGGAGAGAUGGCAGUUCUUUUCCCCAUCGCGGGUUCCUUCUCGGCUUACUCGACACGUUUCCUCGAUCCUGCAUGGGGUUUUGCUAUGGGCUGGAACUAUGCUUUGCAAUGGCUGGUUGUUUUGCCUCUGGAGGUUGUUGCUGCUACAAUCACAAUCCAAUUCUGGAACGACAAGAUUAACCCAGAUGCUUGGGUAGCCAUCUUCUUGUUCGUCAUUAUCGGCAUCAACCUCUUUGGUGUGAAAGGAUACGGUGAGGCUGAGUUUGUCUUCAGCAUUCUGAAGGUCAUUGCAGUCGUUGGAUUUAUCAUCCUAGGCGUCAUUCUUAACGUCGGAGGUGGUCCUGAUGGCGGUUAUAUUGGUGGGAAAUACUGGCACCAUCCGGGAGCUUUCAACCACGGUUUCAAAGGUCUUUGUAGUGUGUUUGUGACCGCCGCCUUUGCUUUCGCUGGAACCGAACUGGUCGGUCUCGCCGCUGCCGAGACUGCCAACCCUCGCAAAUCUCUACCCACUGCGGUCAAGCAAGUCUUCUGGAGAAUUUUCCUUUUCUACUUGGUUUCGUUGACUCUCGUUGGCCUCCUGGUACCCUACAACGAUAAGCGUCUGAUCAAUGGCACCAGCAGCGUAGACGCCAAGGCCAGUCCCUUCGUUAUUGCCAUCAAGAAUGCCGGUAUCGAAGGUCUGCCUUCUGUAAUGAACGCCGUCAUCUUGAUUGCCGUUCUUUCGGUCGGCAACUCUUCCAUCUACGGUUCGUCACGUACUCUCGCAGCUCUUGCCGACCAAGGCCAGGCUCCCAAAAUCCUUGGCUACAUCGACCGCAAGGGCCGUCCGAUUGUCUCGAUUCUCAUCUCUUCAGCGCUCGGGUUCCUUGCCUUCCUCGCUGGCUCUGACAAGCAGACCGACGCCUUCAACUGGAUGCUGGCACUUUCUGGACUCAGCUCCAUCUUUACUUGGAUCAGCAUCUGUCUCGCCCACAUCCGCUUCCGCAAAGCAUGGAAAGUGCAAGGCCACAGUCUGGACGAACUAGCCUUCAAAUCCCAACCUGGUCUCAUCGGCUCCUGGCUUGGUCUGAUCCUCAACAUUCUUGUUCUGAUUGCACAAUUCUGGACUGGCUUUGCACCGAUCGGAUACGCCGACAUGACGACUAGCGAAUUACUGAUCAGCUUUUUUGAGGUUUACCUCGCUGCACCCGUCGUCAUUCUCUUCUACGUUCCUUACAAGAUUUAUUACAAGACGCCGUUUAUCCGCAGUCAUAAUAUGGAUUUGCACACUGGUAUCCGAGAAAUCAAUGUUGCUGAGCUGGUUGCUGAAGAGAGGGCUGAACAGGCGCAAUGGCCGAGGUGGAAGAAGGUGUAUAAGUGGUUCUGUUGA